AGGGAAUGGGCCCAGUUUCACUGCAGGAGGAGACCGAGCAGGAGCCAGGGGGAGAAAUGGAGUGCUACCACAGCCUUCUGCAGGCUGGCUCUCAGCUAGAGAACACACUGCAGCAGGUGUCAGUCCCUAUGAGUAUGAAGGAGGUGGACGGCUACAUUGAAAAGCAGGUGGCCUACCUGUCAGGUGGGCGUGGUGAGGACUCCAGCGUGAUUAUCACCCUCCCAGAAUACUCUGCUUUCAGCGACAUUCCGGAGGAGUCUUUAGCUAAAGUCUUAACAUACCUCACUCUUAUACCUCGAGCACGACAACCAGGUGUAAAAUUCAUCAUCAUUUUAGACAGACGACUGGAUACUUGGACCUCAAUCAAAACAGCACUUGCCAGAAUUGCGGCCUCCUUCCCUGGGAACCUCCACCUGGUGCUGGUGCUGAGACCCACCAGCUUCUUCCAGCGCACUGUCACAGACCUGGGCUUCCGCUUCAGCCAGGAGGACUUCAUGCUCAAGAUGCCAGUGGUGAUGCUGAGCUCUGUGACAGACCUACUGAGAUACAUUGAUGAGAAUCAAUUGACCUCAGAGUUUGGUGGAACCCUGGAUUACUGCCACAGUGACUGGAUCGUCCUGAGAACAGCCAUAGAGAGCUUUGCGGUGACAGUUAAGGACAUAGCUCAGAUGCUGCAGGCGUUUGGCACAAAGCUGGCAGAGACAGAGCUGCCAGAUGAGGGCACCGCCAUUGUACACCUCCUCUCAACCCACACUGACAAAUACAGGAAACUCAAGGAGGCAAUAUGGUCUGUAUCAAAGGAGGGUCGUCACCUGCUGGCUAGCCUGGAGGCCUCUGGGAGAGAGGAGGAUUCACUAUGGGAUAUCAGGCUGGACUGGGAGACUGUGCAGAGGCUACUAGCCCAGCUGAGGGACAUGGAGGCAGCCUUUGACGGCUUCUUCGAGAAGCAUCAUCUAAAGCUCCAACAGUACAUCCAGCUGCUCAGAUAUGAACACAGCUUCCAGGAGAUGGAGUUGUCUCUGGAGCGUCUGGCGACCCAGGAGAGGGAGGUGUCGUUGUCAGGGGAGACGCUGACUCAGACAGAACAGACACUCAGGGACCUGGACAGCCUGGAGGCUCACGCACAGGAGGAGAUGGCCCGUGCCCAGACCAUCAUCCUCCAUGGUCACCAGCUGGCAGCCUGUCACCACUACGCCAUGGCCCUGAUCGUGCAGCGCUGCAACGAGCUACGUCACCGCUGUGACACGCUCAGUAAGGCUCUGAGGGCCAAACACACACACCUCUCCCAGGCCUACCAGCUGAUGCUACGCUUGGAUCAGGCCCAGAGUUGGUGUGACGACGGGGCCUACUUGUUGGCCCAGCAGCUGGUGGAAAAGUUCCAGUCUAAGGAGGGGGCCCAGGCUGCUCUGAAGGACAUAGACAGAUUCCUGGAGGGGGCUCCGUCUCUCCUCAGCUCAGGACCUGACCUCCUGGCCGUGGAGUUUGAGUCUGUCCUCACCCCAGAGAUACAGGUCCAGAUAGGGAAGACAUUUGAGAAGCACACAGCAGUGCAGGAGAUGAUCCACAACAGACAGGUCUGUCUGAGGAAGCUGGCUGAUAAACAUGUCCGUCCCAUUCAACUGGUGGCCCCCCGGCCGGAGAACCCACCCCGUUCCAAGUCCCCACUAUUCUCCCCCAAACAUGGGGUCGACGGUUUGAAGUUCUCCUUCGAUCUAUCACUUCCUGGGAAGAGAACGUCACGGAAAAGCCCCGGCUCCAGAAAGAUUGAGGUGAUGCACGACUACCAGGAGAAUAGGAGCUCCCUGCUCUCCAGCCUGGAGGGAGAGGACAGCCCAGACCUUCUCAAACGUCACGUGAUGAGGGAGCUAAUCGAGACAGAGAGAGUCUAUGUGGAGGAGCUGCUGUCAGUGCUGCUGGGAUACAGGGGAGAGAUGGAGAAUCCAGGCCUUUCAGGGCUCCUGCCUCCUAUCCUGCAAAGUAAGAAAGACAUCCUGUUUGGAAACAUGUCUGAGAUCUACAACUUCCACAGCAGGGUGUUCCUGCAGGACCUGGAGGGCUGCCUGGAGACCCCAGAGGGAGUAGGGGCCUGCUUUCUGGAGCGGAAGGAGAAUUUCCAGGUGUAUGAGUGUUACUGUCAGAAUAAGUCUCGCUCUGAGUCCUUGUGGAGGCAAUUCUCCGACUGUGCCUUUUUCCAGGAGUGUCAGAAGAAGCUGGAACACAAACUGGGCCUGGAUUCUUACCUGCUGAAACCAGUACAACGCCUUACCAAGUACCAGCUACUACUGAAGGAGCUACUAAAGUACAGUCCAGGAGGCUGUGAGGGGACCUCGGAGCUACAGGGGGCACUAGCAGCCAUGCUGGACCUCCUCAAGUCAGUCAAUGACUCCAUGCAUCAGAUCGCCAUCACGGGCUACCAGGGAGAGUUGUCUGACCUUGGCCGGGUGCUGAUGCAGGGCUCCUUCAGUGUGUGGAUCAGCCAUAAGAAAGGCCCCACCCGUAUGAAGGAGCUGGCCCGCUUCAAGCCCAUGCAGAGACACCUGUUCCUGUACGAGAGAGCCCUGCUCUUCUGCAAGCGCAGGGAGGAGCAUGGAGAGGGUGCAGACAAGACCCCCUCCUACAGCUUCAAGCACUGUCUCAAGAUGAGUGCGGUGGGGAUUACAGAGAACGUCAAGGGAGAUGUGAAAAAGUUUGAGAUCUGGUACAGUGGCAGGGAGGAGGUGUACUUAGUUCAGGCCCCCACAGUGGAGGUUAAGAUGGCUUGGCUCAAUGAUCUGCGAAGGAUCCUCACCAACCAGCAGAAACUCCUUAAAGAUGAGCAUUGUGUCAACAACCAGAUGCCAGAACACAUUCAACUGUCUCCGCCCUUGUCUGAGAGCAAACAGCAGAGGGCGUCGAUCAGCUCCGAGGACACUGAGUCAGGGAGGAGCAGUCCAGACCCCCAGUCCCACUCCCCUCAACACCGACGCAACCGACGCAGCUGGCCCGGUGCACCUCACUCAGUAGACAUCUGUGAGGGUCUGGAGGAGUGGGGUGGAGGUGAGGACCCCUCUCAGCCUUCAGACACCGAGGAGGAGGACGCUGCUCAGCUGGCUCCAGGCAGAUAUAAGGCCUUGGCUGAAUGUUCACGAUAUGGCCCAGAUGACCUCACCAUCAAGAGCGGUGAUGUCAUCCAGCUGCAGCACGAGGACAGCGAAGGCCACUGGCUGGUGAAGAACCUGAGUCGCAGACAAGAGGGUAUCAUCCCAGUCCCCAACCUGCACAUGAUUCUGGGAAACGGCAGUAGAGGACAGUCCACCAGACUAGGAGAUCCAGGGAAUCUGAAGGCCAGAAAGCUCAGCUCCCCUUAGAGGGAAAAUGCUGUCUUCAAGUGCUCGCGGGACCUGUGAAAGUAGUUAGUCGGAACCUCGUAUUUCCCACUUCGGAGGAGCAUUGGAGGCAGCAACACCUUUUGUUGGACCUUUACAAAGAUUGACAGACUGAAAAGACAGACUGUUUUCCAUUAGACAUUGUGAGGUCAUGACCGAUGGAAUAUCUUGAACUCUGCUUCCUCAAAGUGCUCUAAUUGGCCACGAUUAGAGACAACUAGCCAAUUUAAGAAGGAUGUAGGAGUUUUAGGUCUGGGUUUUUGAUUGACAUUUUUCUGGGCCAGUAACAUGAGGACCUGUUGUUUUUUUUGCCCACCACGAUGGACAGUGGAUACACUUUAUGAAUGUUACCCUCCAAACACUUUAGACAGCACAGGGUUUUACCAGCACAAAGGCACACGGUUUGGUGAAGCACAAGGGACAUGUGAAAAGGUUUGGGACUUAAAAUUCAAUCCCCCACCUCCUCUUAGACCCAGCCAAUGGGAUUUUCUGUUGGGCUGCUGUAGCUGGAUUACAUCCAUGGACUCUCGCUCUCUGAGGGAUUCUUAACCGUCAUUGCUAAUCAGUGAGAAUGCAGUUGGUGUUUGUACGUUUAUGUGUGUUCUUAUGCAUCAUAAUAAUCUGGGUUUUCGCCUGAAACAUUUCUUAAAAAGAUACUUUUGUAUAUAGCUAUGUCAUUCAUUUUGGAUGUGUAUACUUGAAUGUUGGUCUAUUGUUUGUGGUUGUUCAUUUAUUCGACAUGCUCAUGUUGUUUAGGUAUCCAUCCUGUCUUAUUCCUUAAGGCACCCUUCUCUUAGCUCUCCAAGCUUGAAAUGCCAAAACGUGCCGUGCCAUAAUGCCUUUUUAUUCCUGCAAUGUUGGAAUCGGAGCUCCUCUUUUGAUAAAUGUACUGUUUGCUCUGCAAUAUCAAACGCAGUCUUGCUUCUACCUCACAUCAGACCUAUACUCAACUGGCACUUUAUUAAUGCUUAUAAGCGAAAUGCAAGCUGAAAGAAAACAAGCGGAAAGCUUUACUAUAUUUUCAAAGGCUCUAGAGAAAUUGAGCUCUCCAUGAACGCAAUACCUCCUUCAUAUUUUCUUGAUUCAUACCUAUUAUUUUUCCAUUUUAUUCCCGAAGCUCAAUGUGUGUCAAUGGCAAGUAGACCCCCCCCCCCACCACCAAUAUACAUAAAGUUGUUAAGAUGUCACGGAUGGUAAAUUCCAACAUCUUUUGAGGUGAUGGUGACUGAUAGAGGGGUACUCCUCAGGUCUAUAGUGAUAUGGGGAAAAGCUUCUACCCGCGUGGCGCCGGCAAAGACUGAUGUCAUUCUCCUCAGGAUUUCACUCUGUCUCCCCGGUGUGAGCAGCCCUCUGCCUGUGACAGCACAAAAUGGAGCGAGAGGGAGAAAUGUGCCACUCUCUCUUCCUCUACUCGUCUCCUCCACGGCCUUGCAAUUAAUCUUAGGCAUCCCAUUAAACAGGAUCAUACAGCAAACAUGAAAUAUACCCGCUAUGUCGAACGCUUAAUUAAAUAUUGAUUGCGGACUUAUAUGAAUUUACUACAUCAAAUCAAGGCCCCAGUCGGAGGCCUGCCUUUCAUAUGCUGCGUUUGAUGUGGAAAUGAGCCAGGAAAACAGCGGGAGCACAGCGCCACACUACUAAUGUCUUCUUAUUAAUUAAUUAAUUAAUUUUGCUAUCAAGUUGUUCCUUCGCGGCGGUAAGCAGCUGUGCAGCCCAGUAAAAUUGUCUAUCUACCCUUAACGGAACCCUGCUUGACUGCUGCGCGUCGCAUCAAUGGGUUUCUCUCCUCAUAUGGCAGAAUUAGCUGGGUUUUCUUUUUUUGGGGCUCCAAAAUGCUGCACAUUUUGCACUGAACUGUGAUGUUCAAAAAUAGAGACAGAAAUAUGCUUGAAAAUGCUGUGCGUCUUUGACAAGCGCUGUAAGCUUGUUGCUAAGUGUUUCUCAUAAGAGAACAUAGCAUGGCUAACUGAAUAUUGACCGAACGUGGCAGGUUUCAGGUUUUUAUUAUUGUUCUUCAGUCAUCGUUGUUGAUUGGCUGCUUUUUUAUACAGCUUCACUAUUGUAUAUAGACCAAAUAAAGUAUUUAUUGAAAUAAUACAGGUU